AACCUACGCACUGCUUUUAACUCUGGCCGCUUCCUGUUGCCCCGCGCGCCUGUCGCUCCUUUUUUCCACACAUAAACAAGAUUGCCCAGCCCAAUCCCACUGCAGCUGCUGUAAAAAAAAACUUUUAACCACUGACCGCCGACCGCGCCCAUAUCUCCCAAAACCGCUUCAUCCACAGCCUGAUCACCAUCUCACCACCUAUCAAAUGCCGGGCACUCCUCUAAUGCACGCCCACGUGGCGGGCAGCCGCCUUCCUCUCGCUGGCAGCAUGCGGCAGCAGACGCCCAGCCGGCCGGGAACGCCCCAGAUUCCCGUCCAAAUGGCGGGCGGCCACGCGAUUCCCGGCAGCGUGCGGCAAGCCAUAAGUCGACCGCCCACGCCGUACUCCUGCUUCCCCGCGGUGCCUGGUCUCGCAAUCACCCACGAGUGCUACGCGUUCGGGUCCAACAAGUACGCCGCCCCUUUCCUCGGUUUCGAGUCCAGAGCCCCAACUCCGGCCGGCCCAGCCUCGACCUCUGCGUCGCCGAGAUAUCGCGUAGACCCCACUCUAGAGAUGGCGUGGAAGCAGGCGGCAGACUUCGCCGCGUUCCGCGAGCAGCCACCGCGCGCCGCGAACCCAGCCACGGCUCAAGCGCCGCUGUACGGCCAGGCCUUCCUCACCCGCACCGGCAAGGUCAUGUACAAGCCAUCGCCGCGACUAGAUACCUGGUUGGCGGACCUGAGCCUGUGCUCUCCUCCCCUCUCUCCCGAGGCGGACCUGAUGGACGGUGUCCAGUUCGAGGACAGCCACAACCUCGUAGCCACGGAUUCCGAGACGGAUAAACAUGAUUUCGCUGUGGCCACAGAUGCCACCCAGGCAAAGGAGGACCUGAAGCUAGCCUCCAAGCCCGAGGACGUGGCAGCGGGCUCCAAGCGCAGCUCGGUAUGUUGAUCUCGAAUGACCAAAAUAGAAGAAGAAAGCUAACCUG